AUGUAAUCUCCAAAUAAAAGUGCUUUGUCACAUAGAGAUUAAGCGGAUGAUGUUAGGCCACUUGCAGUUUAAGAACAACUAGAUUUGGGACCAUUUAAAAUAACUCCUCAACAAUUAUAACAAAUAUUUCAUCUAAACACAAGAAGAAGCACUUGCGAAGAGUUAGAUUACUUGGUACAACAAGGAGGCAUAGAUUGGUUAAUUGAUGGUUUACAUACAUCUAUAAAGGAUGGAAUAAAUGACGACCAAGAUUAAAGAAUACAAGUUUAUGGACAUAACAAAAGAAUAGUGAGACCUCCAUAAACAUAUUGUGAAUUGUUAUGGAAUGCGUUAGAAGAUUUUACAAUGCGAGUUUUAUUAAUAGCAUCAAUAGCCAGUAUUGUGAUAGAGGUAGCUACUGCAGAUAAUGAACAUCGCCAUUUAGCCUGGAUUGAGGGUUUUGCUAUAUUUGUUGCAGUAUUGGUUUGUACUAAUGUUGCUGCUAUGAAUGACUAUUCAAAAGAGAAGUAAUUUAGAAAGCUCAAUGCUGCCAGUGAAAAAUCAAAAAUAGUGGCAGUUAUUAGAAACAAGCAAUUGAUUCAAAUUCAUGAAGAGUAAGUGUUGGUGGGGGAUAUUUGUAAACUAAUAGAGGGAAUGGAAAUUCCAGCAGAUGGAGUACUACUUGAUGCUUCUGAUGUAAAAGUGGAUGAAUCCUCAAUGACUGGAGAAACACAUUCAAUUACAAAAGGGACAAUAAAUUAAUGUCUAAAGUAGAAAUAGGAAUUGCAGGAUGAAGGAGUUCAAUUCGGUGAAUAAGAUAGAUUUAAAAUACCAUCUCCUGCAUUACUAUCCGGUACUAGAGUAUUAGAGGGAGAAGGAUUAUUUUUAAUUUGUGUGGUUGGAGAUCUCUCCUGUUUGGGUUAAAUUAAAGCAUCUUUAGAAUAAGAGGAAGAAGAAGAAACUCCUUUAUAAGUAAAAUUGACUAUGAUAGCAGAAGACAUUGGUAAGUUUGGAUUGAUCUCAGCCGUUCUGAUAUUCUUUGUCCUAAUGAUUCGUUUCGCAAUAGAGAGAGGUAUAGCCAAUGAAUGGGAUCAUAGCAAACAUUGGAUGGAGAUAUUGAAUUUCAUCAUUCUCUCCAUUGUGCAUUGUGGUUCUUACAGUCGCUAUUCCUGA